AAUAAAAUUUUCAAUCAAUUAAUAGGGGUAUGAUAAGGCCUUAAAUGUAUCAUUCAUAUAUAUAAAUUUAUAACCCAGUAGAAUCUAUUUAAAAUAAAAUAGACAUUAAUCUUCAAUCGUGUAAAAACCGUUGUAGUUAAAAACUCAAAAAAUCGAUACGAGAAAACCACUAGGAAACAACACGUCCCACAGCUCAGGUGUCAAAAUUGUGCUAUUUACAUUUUUUGACAAAUCAAAAUAAAGGGGAAGAAACGAUCAAUAAUGUAGAAAGAAGAAAACUUCAACUAUUAUCUAUUUAUAGAAAAUCUGUUCUAAUAUCGAGAUAUCGUCUGCCUGUGUUAUAUCAGCAAUGGCAAAAAAUAAGAACAAGUUUUUCAUCCUCACCGGCGAACCUGGAGUCGGCAAAACAACUUUAACUAAAAAGCUAUCGUCAGCCAUGGCAAACAAUGGUAUAAAAACUACAGGCUUUUAUACCCAAGAGAUUCGCAAUCCCACGUUUCGGGAGGGCUUUGAUGUAGUUACUUUUGAUGGCACAAGAGCCCGUUUGGCAAGAGACUUUUGCCUAUUGAAUACCCCAGUGAAGCAUAGAGUUGGCAGAUACGGUGUUCUAGUAGACGAGUUCGAAAGUAUUGCUUUACCAGCUUUGAAAAAGCCAGUAAGUUCGGAGGCACAUUUACUUGUCAUUGAUGAAAUUGGCAAAAUGGAGUUUUUUAGUGAGCCUUUUAAGAAUGCAAUAAAAACAAUAUUUGCUCCAUCAUCAGACUACACAGUUCUGGCCACCAUACCUAUAAAGAAUGGACAUAAACUGCUUGAGACUAUCAGGAACCAUAGUCAAGCUAGAGUGUUCACGGUGACCAAAGUGAAUAGGAAUACCAUUCACAACGAAAUACUGAAAGAAAUGAAUAAAGUAUAUAAUAUAAUAGUAUGUAAAUCAUAUUAAAUUGAAGUCUGCCCUGGAAUACUCACAUUUACAACACACAUGUAAACAAUACAACAUACCCUUAUUACUGGUGUACUGUGAUCAUUCUAAACUCACCUCAUUGAUUCCUAUUUCAUAUCCGUUCGUAAACUUCACUUCAAAAACCAUUAGGUCUUAGUGUUUGCAACAAUUAAGAAUUGCAUUAAAACAUUACAUCCUAGUGAUUAAGUUAAUAAAUAAUAAAUUGAAAUAAAAUUACUUUUACGGAUUUUAUCGCGGCUAAAUUUUGGAUUUUCGU